UGUUGAAAACCAGCCAACAAGUCUGUUUACUACAGAGUCUGUCAGCAGACGUUCAUCUGUGGAGAUUAGCUGCCGUCGGAAAGAAACGCUGAAAUUUAUCAGCUCUUCAUUCAGCGACAGCAAAUCAGGUGAGUUGAACUUUGCACACUUUAGAAGAUUUUCCUCUUCUGAAGAGUGAGCAGUCCAAUAACCAACUUUCUAAACCAAUCAAGUCGAAGCGCCAACAUGUCGACCAGAUCUAAAGCAGAGAUUACCAGGAAAGUUACAUUUGGUCUUCUUCAAAGUGAGACAGCUGUUGAAGAAAACACCAGAGCUGUUGUCAUGAUGUCAGAGGUGGAGUUUCAUGCCGCCUUAGGCUCCAAAGACCAGAAGAUCUCAGCUCUGCAACAAGAAAACGCUGCAUUAUCAGAAAACUUGAAGAGUCUCGCCUCCGAGCUUCAUAAAAUGGAGGUAGUGCACCAACAUGCCAACAAGAAGGCUAGGCAGCUUGAGUCUGAGCUAACUACCGAGAGGAAAAAGGUCCAGGAAGCUGAGAUCUCCUUUAGACAAUUAGCUCCAGGAGUUAAAGCUGCACCGGUCCACCAACAUGAGGACGAGAAAACGGCUUUAAGAGACGAAGUGUUGAGGUUGACUCAGAUUGUAGAAAAGCAGCAAACUGAGCAUGAAGACGACGUUGCUGUUCUGUAUGAUGAGCGGAUUAAGACCAACAAAGACCGUCGAGAUGCCAUCAGAAGGGCCGAUCAGCUGAAAGUAUCUCUGAUGGCAGAAAAGAACAAAACAAGAGAGAUUGAGAUCUGUUCGGCCAAGCAGAUGGAGGAAAUCUCUAAAUUACAAGCUGCUCUGGUCAAAGUGGAGAGAAAUUUGGAGGAAGAAAGAAAGCAGUGGGAGCAGGAAAAACUCCGUCUUCUGACCAAUAACCAAGAAACAUCUGAGGUGGAACAGCUGAAAUAUCAGCUGCAGGAGCAGACAGUUAAGCAUGAAGAUCAGGUUGCUGCUCUGUAUAAUGAGCUGAUCAGGAAGAACAAGGAGAGUCAAGAUGCCAUCAAAAGGGCCGAACAGUUGAAGGAAGACCUGACUGAAGAGAAAAACAGAGCAAAAGAGGCCGAGGACUGCUUAGCCCAGCAAAAAGAGGAGACAUCUAACCUCCAGGCUGCUCUGGUCCUCAUGGAGAGAACUUUGGAGGACCAGCGGCGGCAGUGGGAGCAGGAAAAAUCCCAUCUUCUGACCAAAGAACAAGAAAGAGAUGAGCUGGAGCAGCUGGUGAAGCACUUAGAGUCACAGAAAGCUGAGGCAGAACAGGAGAUAGCUGCUCUGCGUUUGGAGCAGCAGAAAAACAACCAAAGUCAUCAAGAUGCUGCAAGAAAAGUCGUUCAACUGGAAAUUGCUCUGGUUGCUGAGAAGAGCAGAACAAAGGAGGCUGAGAACUGCUUGGCUGAGCAAGUGAAGGAAAGCUGUGAAAUAGAGGCUGCUUUGGUCAAAAUGGAGCAAGACGUGGAGAACCAAAGACGGCUCUGGGCCCAGGAAAAGUCCAGUCUUCUGACAGAGCAGCAGAAAGCUGUCAGAAAUGUGGAAGCAGCCAGGAAAGACGUUCUGGAGGUUCUGCAUGAUGAAAGGCAGGAGUGGCAAACAGAGAAGUCCUGCCUUCUAGAGAUGGUUGCAACAACAGAGGAGCUUCUGAAAGAGGCGGAGGUGAAGAGAAAAGCUUCAACACUGAACCUGAUAGAGAAACUGAAAAACCUGCAACAGGAGAUGGACAAAUUACAAGAAAGCAAACCCAAAAAGAAAUCUUUAAGGAAAAGAAUCGCCCAGAUCUUUAAAAGGUCCAAAAAGGCUCCAUCUCAGUCUGAAAACUGACCACCACUGAACCUCAUGAAGCCUCCUCCUACCAAACCAUCAAACUGACAAAAUCUUUUAACUUUUAACCCCUUACCUUAACCCCCUUUUGAAAAUGGCAACCAUUGCAAAAUGUCCAGCACUCCUCGGCACAA